CUGUUUGGAUACGUGUUUGUCUUGUUACAGUUAAUUGAGAGCACCUGUGGCGGUGCCCUUUUAAGCUAUUUUAGUAUUCCUUAUGGGUAGUUGAAUAAAGUUAUUGGUUAUUUUGGGAAGCCUUGGUUUUGGCUUAGUUAUGUUUGAGGGGGCUUGAGAGCAACCGUAACACACGUGUGCGCACACACACACACACACACACACACACACGACAGCACUGCUUGUCAAGUUUCCCAUAUUCUGUUCCACAGUGGCACCUCCCCUGUCUCUCCUCUAUCUCUCAUUCCCAUUCUCCCUCCUUCCACGUUUUCACACUGAUCUCCUUCUCCCCCAUGAAUCCUAUUCCUUUCUUUCUACCCAUCUCAUCAAAAGUUUUUUUUUUUUCCUCCGUUCAGAGACCCUCCACGGCCUGUUUUUCUCUCUCACACCAUUCUGACCCCAGUUUUCAGCGACGGACUCUCAAACCUUAUGGUUGGACAACAGGUCCCCCUGCUGGACACGUUACGCAGACUUUGCUGUGGCUUCGCUUUUGACAAGGCCGUGGGAGAGGGGGUGGUCAAAAGCUUUAAUAUCCUCCUUGAGAUUAUGUAGUAUUAUAAUGGAGCCCAGCGAAACUAAUAUUGAUCCUAGUGGGUCAGGUAGGAAGCGUAAGGUGGGGCACGUAGUCCAUGCACAGGUAAUAACCUGCUUCCAUGUUCCCCCACACCAAACAUUUCUAUUGUUGGAGAUUCUGAGUCGUUGUUGGCCUGGCUCUUGAUGAUGCUAAGUAAACUGAAUGAUUUUUAUUUCGUAGGAAGUGUAACCUUAGUUGGUGAGGAAGCGAAUGGACAGGCGGUGUAUGUCUGAGUCAGCACUACACGGUUCAGAGGGAACGAUGUUGGAGGGGAUUUUACCCCAGAUACACCCACCUGUGACCCUUCUGGGGGUGGUGCUGGUGCUGCUUUUGCUCUACCUGCUGUCCUCCUCCACUGGGCCUGGAAAAGAACCACCGGGACCCAGACCCCUGCCCCUCCUCGGGAACCUGCUCCACCUGGACCUCAAACGGCUCCAAGUGUCUCUCUGUGAGCUGUCUAAGAAGUAUGGACCUGUGUUCACCAUACACUUGGGCCCCAAGAAGGUGGUCGUCCUGGCAGGCUACAAGACGGUCAAACAGGCGCUGGUCAACUACGCUGAAGAGUUUGGAGACCGGGAAAUUUCACCCAUGUUCAGAGAUACUAUAAAAGGGCACGGUGUUCUGUUCUCCAACGGAAACUCCUGGAAGGUGAUGAGACGCUUCUCCCUCACCAACCUGCGCGACUUCGGAAUGGGCAAGAGGGGGAGCGAGGAGAAGAUCAUCGAGGAAUCCCGCUACCUCAUCGAGGUGUUUGAGAACUUUAAGGGUGAGCCUUUCGACACCACUCAGCCAGUGAAUUACUCCGUCUCCAACAUAAUCUGCGCCAUCGUCUACGACGCACGCGCGCCUAAGAAAUGACCGCCGCCGUUUAGGAAAAUGGUAACUGGACCGUUGAAUAAUUAUCCUUCUGUACAAAGAUGGGAAUUUUAACUGUACAACAUGUUCCCCUGGCUGCGCUGGUGCUGUGGCCGGUGGCUGGUGAACAGGACCCAGAUCGUGAAGAACACCGAAAAAAACCUUGAGGAGAUUAAUGGGCUGGUGCAGGGACUGAGGGACACACUCAACUCCCAGGACCUCAGGGGAUUUGUGGACUCCUUCCUGGUUCGGCAGCAGGAGGAGUCAGACCAGCUGGGUUCCUACUUCCACAGCAACAACUUGAACUAUACUGUCAGCAACCUGUUUUCAGCAGGGACGGAUACCACUGGAACCACCCUGAGAUGGGGUCUGCUGCUGAUGGCCAAAUACCCCCACAUACAGGACCAGGUUCAGGAGGAGUUGAGCCGGGUCAUUGGGGACCGGGAACCCCGGGUGGAGGACCGGAGGAACCUGCCCUACACAGACGCCGUGAUCCACGAGAUCCAGAGACUGGCUAACAUUGUACCCAUGAGCAUUCCCCACACCACCAGCUGUGACGUCACCUUCCAGGGAUACGUCAUCAAGAAGGGAACUACAGUGAUCCCACUCCUGACGUCGGUGCUGCAGGAUGAGGAGGAGUGGGAGACCCCCCACAGCUUCAACCCCGGCCACUUCCUGGAUGAGAAGGGCUGCUUCGUCAAGAAAGAUGCCUUCCUGCCCUUCUCUGCAGGGCGACGGGCCUGUCUGGGAGAGAGUCUGGCCAGGAUGGAGCUCUUCCUCUUCUUCACCUUCCUCCUGCAGAGGUUCCGCUUCACACCGCCACCAGGGGUGUCCGAGGAAGACUUGGACCUGACGCCGUGCUUGGGGUUCACCCUCAACCCCUCCCCCCACCGGCUGUGCGCUGUGAGCCGGACCUAAACCCCACUCCAGCUGAUGGGUGUGAACAUCAGCUCUUUUGUUUUUUUUUUUUUACCAAACCUUUCUUGAUCAUUAUUUACAGUGAAUGUUUGUAAGCCUUGAUUUGAGUGCUGCUAGAUUAAUAAACAGGGCUCCCCUCCACAGCUGAGGAGACAGUCUGUUCUCUUCAUUCCUGGCUUCCUCAACUACUCACUCAUGAGGGCCAGAAUAUAUAUAUAUUUUUUUUUUUUUGGUACUUAUGGGCCCUUCCUACCCACUCAGGAUUACCUAGACAGCAGCUCAAAUAGUCAGUGAGGCUAAUAAACAAUGUUCCCACUCAGAAAGUGAUCCUUCGUUGAAAUGGAUAUAAACUUGAGGUCGUUUGGCAUUUUUAUUUAGAAGUGAACUGGAAUGACAUUUGUAGUAACCCUUAAAUUGAAAGGUGCUGGUGUUUUCCGUAAAAGUGAAGGUCCCCUUUCAGAAUGCAACACAUUGGAAAACUCAAAUCUUGCUAAAUGUAAAUAUUUAAAAGUUUCAGCUGAUUAAGAUACAGACCAAAGUGACCUUGAUAUGCACCUUUGUACGUCGCUUUGGAUAAAAGCAUUUGCUAAAUAAAUGUAAUGUAAUGUAACAAGGGCUCAUCGUCCUCAUUCCCUGCUCACAAACCCCCCAGCCCCCACCCCCUUUGUAACUGUCAACAAGAAUCAGCCAAUGAGAAACAAGCAUUUCUGCUGAUUGAUAAUAAAUAGUAUAACUUUCCCCCGUAUUUUCUAGGGGUUGACUUCUCUUCAUUUGCUACAUUUUAAUCAGGUUUAAUUAUUUUAAAUACAGGCAGAAUCACACUUUUGGACUAUAUAAACUAAAGUAAAUAAACUUUUAAAAAGCAAAA